AUGACGCAAUCACAUAUUGCAUUACUCUUCACAUUCCUCACCUUCAUCGACGUCUCGAUCGGCGCAUCCAACAUAUUCAACGUCGUUAGCUUCGGAGCCAAACCGGACGGUGUCACGGAUUCGACGGCAGCAUUCCUCAAAGCAUGGCAAGCGGCUUGCGGCUCGCCAGCUGCAGCCACUGUGAUGGUUCCGAGUGGGACAUUUCUAGUGAAGGGAAUAACGUUUGGAGGGCCAUGCAAGAGCAAACUUGAUUUUCAAGUAACCGGGACCAUCGUUGCUCCGGCCAAUUACAGAGCAUUUGGAAACUCCGGCUACUGGAUUCUCUUCAACAAAGUUAACAAAUUCUCACUAUUCGGCGGGACUUUCGACGCUCGAGCUAGUGGGUUCUGGUCUUGCCGGAAAUCUGGUCAGAAUUGUCCUCCCGGUGUUAGGUCAAUAACGUUCAACUCUGCAAACGACGUGAUCAUAAGUGGAGUGAAAUCGAUGAACAGCCAGGUCACCCAUAUGACCCUCAACGGUUGCACCAAUGUUGUCGUCCGAAACGUCAAGCUAUUGGCUCCCGGAGACAGCCCAAACACCGACGGCUUCGACGUUCAACACUCCACCGGAAUCACAUUCACCGGAAGCACCGUUCAGACCGGAGACGAUUGUGUUGCUAUCGGCCCUGGCACCCGCAACUUCCUCAUCUCCAAACUUGCUUGUGGCCCAGGUCACGGGGUUAGCAUCGGGAGCUUGGCUAAGGUAUUGAACGAAGAUGGAGUAGAGAACGUGACAGUAUCGAGCUCGGUAUUCACUGGAACACAAAACGGCGUGAGGAUAAAGUCGUGGGCGAGGCCGAGUACCGGAUUCGUUAAGAACGUCUUCUUCCAACACCUAAUCAUGAAGAACGUCCAAAACCCUAUCAUAAUCGACCAAAACUAUUGUCCUUCCAACCAAGGUUGCCCUACCGAGCAUUCGGGGAUAAAGAUAAGCCAAGUGACGUACAAGAACAUACAAGGAACGUCGGCGACAGAGCAAGCGGUGAAGCUGGUGUGUAGCAAGAGCACUCCGUGUACAGGAAUCACAUUACAAGACAUUAAGCUUACUUACAACAAAGGAACUCCUGCCACUUCCUACUGUUUCAAUGCUGUUGGGACUAGUCUCGGUCUUAUUCAACCUACUAGUUGUCUAAGAAGAUAA